GCCCCACAUGCUAUUAGAAUUUUUUGUUGCCUUUUGCGGCUGAUUUGUCACUGCCGGAUUAUCUUGCAAGUUAAACCCUCCAUAUAUGAAAUAUAAACUAAGUCUUAAGAAGCCAUGAGUGCCAGCGAGGAAUUCCAGAGCUGGCUCAACGAGCAGCUCCGAAAACUGAACAUGGACGAGAACGUAUUCGGCUCGUAUAUCGUUGGCAUUUUGGAAGGCGACGAAACCACAGAGGAAAAAACCGAGGGACUCGAAGGAAUCCUCAGCGAAACCGGGUCUGCAAAUAUCGAUGAACUGGUGGCCACCAUUCUCCAGAAAUGGUUACAAAGUCAUCCCAGCGCCGACGAUCCGCCAAAAAAAGGCUUGGACAUCGAUGUGAAUGCCCAGUUGGCAAAAUUACUGGAGCAACAAAAGCUGCAACCCGCCGUUAACAAAGAGCGUGAAUACACGGAGGAGGAGCGCCGCAUUAAGCAGCAGAUUCUUGCUCAGUAUUCCCAGACUGCUGUUGUGAACCAGGACGAAGACGAUUCUCAGCCGGAAAGCGACGAUGAUGCCGGACUCCUCGAAAAGAACACUAACAAAUCCGAUGUUCAGGCUCUUGCUAAAGAAAAGCGAGAGCAGGCUCGAAUGGACAGCGCGGCCAAAAAGCAAAAGGACAAAGAGGAUCGCGAGAAGCAGAAGCAACUUCGCGAGGAAAAGAAGGAAAAGCGCAAGACCGUCAAAGGCGAAAGGCGUCGGUAACCGUCCCCAAGUGCAAAUUCGUAGUCUCUUCCUAUACAAAGCGAUUUAUACAACUUUUUGAUGCCGCGCAUAUGCAAAAGAUGUCGAACGUUUUUUUUUUUUUGCAUAUCAACGAUAUCUGCUUCAAAUUGAAAUUAAAUAUAAAGUUUUGUCAAGCAUGUCUGGCAUAUAAUGCAUACAAGCGAAGUGAAAUGUAUUACAAUUGAAACACCAAAGUUUUGAAUUGAUA